AUCUCUCCCUUCCCUCCUGCGGAAACCAUUCACGAACGAGAAGGGCACAAAAAAGAAGGAAAUUAUUUCUUUCUUUAUUCUGAAAACAGAUCCCCUAGUCCGUCUCUAAUUUGGGUUGCAUUUGGUCCUCUCCUCCUCCUGCAAGACGCUCAGCCACUUCCAUCCUUCAUCAUAUUCGUAUCCAGUAUCUAUAUCAAAUCCCCUGAUCAAAGGCAUUUGCUUUUUUGAUGUGAGAUUAAGUACUUAAAUAGAAGAUGGGAGCGUUCAUGUCGAAGUUUUGGUUCAUGUUGUUUCCUGCAAAGGAGUACAAAAUUGUGGUGGUUGGAUUAGAUAAUGCAGGCAAGACGACCACUCUUUACAAACUACACUUAGGAGAGGUUGUCACUACUCACCCAACUGUUGGCAGCAACGUUGAAGAGCUUGUUUACAAGAACAUUCGAUUUGAGGUCUGGGAUCUUGGCGGACAAGAUAGACUGAGGACAUCGUGGGCAACAUAUUAUCGGGGAACUCAUGCUGUCAUUGCAGUGAUAGACAGUACGGAUAGAGCCAGAAUCUCCGUCAUGAAAGAUGAACUUUUCAGAUUGCUUGGACACGAGGACCUGCAACAUUCCGUUGUACUCGUCUUUGCAAAUAAACAAGACCUCAAGGAUGCCAUGACCCCAGCUGAGAUUUCUGAUGCUCUCUCUCUUCACAGCAUAAAGAAUCAUGAUUGGCACAUCCAAGCCUGCUGUGCACUAACAGGUGAAGGUCUGUAUGAUGGCCUAGGGUGGAUUGCCCAGCGUGUUACUGGCAAAGCAUCAAGUUGAAGAUAAAACGGAGUAAAGUGCAAAAAGAAGCUUCAUUUUUCAAAUAUUAAUGCGGUUGAAAGAUGAUUUAAACUAAAUUAUCAUUGUGUAAUAUCUAACUGUGCUCAUCACCAUUACUGUAUAUUGUUUCUUACAUUUGAAUUGAUCUAAAAAUAUUUGUCAUGUGUUGCACAAUGAAGCAUCGCAUUAUGGAAUUAGCCAAUGAAGAAAAUAUUGCUAUGGAA